UCGAAAGGACAGCACCGAGACCAGCACAGACAGAGGAGCGGGUAACGGGAUCCCGCCAUGCGCAACCAGCGCGAUGCGCGUGUAACAAAAUGAGGGCCAAUCGGCGCAGCGGGAUAGGUUUUUCGUUAGUGACGCGCGAGGCUGCGAAUUGUCGCUAGAGAAUUUCGCUAGAGUGGUGCUGGUACUGGUUGGCAAACUGGAUUUUUGUGUGGUCUUUUUUUGUCGUGCGGAGGUACCUGGAAACGCGCGCUGGGGUCCGCUAAUUUCGGGUGUGAGCUGGGCGUGUCUUGUUCGGGCUGUUUUAUGGCUACACACCUGAAAGUGGUAACUAAACUCGGUGCUGAACAGGGCAAGUACUUUAGUGACACGCCCUUACGGACUCACCCCCCCUCCCGCCCCGUUUACGACCAAGUAACCUCCGCCCCCCCGCUCGGCAAAGGGCAAUCUCCGACUGGCUCCGUGUUUGCCCAUUUUACAUUUUUGCGAUGUCCCUUCCGCAAUUUUCGCUUAUUGCCGUGCUGCUGCUCUCACCGGCCUUCACGGCCCCGCUGCCGGACGGAGGGGGAGUUGGCGGAGGGGAGGUGCGCAGAUGGGGGACUGGCGGAUGGAUGCAGGGAUCGGAGGGCGGAUGGGGGAAGGGCGGGUGGGGCGUGGGGGUGGGUGCGGCGGGCGCAACGAUGGCGGCGGAGUGCUUGGAGGCGGGCCGGCGACUGCAGCAGGCGAUGUGGGACAUCGAGCAGCGUUGGCACUUUACGCCCAUACCGGUCGCGUAAACGUACAGUUACGUGUACGUUUACGUUUGUUUACGCGUAAGUUUUUUGUGGAGUCGUACGGGCAGGGCUAAAAAAAACGCGGAAAAAAAAAUCGCGAAAUUGGAAGCUACGCAGCCCGUAUUAGGUGUGAAAGGCGGUUGCGACGUGGUGUAUUUCCCGGGACUGGGUCUAGAAGGAUUCCGCAAGCUCGGAGACGUUUAGCCGCCGAUACGCCAAGCGACCAAUCGGUAGCACUGUCGUGUCCAGCGGCGGAUGUCCCAAACUCUGAGGUGGCGGAUUAGGAGCAAAAUCGUCAAGCGUGAGAGAGUAAUAGUGAUUUCGCUCCAGGAAUACCAAGGGACGUGGGCGCUGGAUCCACGGCAGGCGGGGGGGAGGGGGAUUGGGUAUAAUCUACUUCGACUAGGCUAUGUGGAUUGGCUUAGGUACUAAGUCGUGCUAGGUUUCCGAAGACGGGGAGAUCUGUUGGUAUUUGGGGAGACGAGGAUGUCAGAUGCCGUUCAUAGGAAGCUCCGCGGGGUGCGUUGCGAAACUUGCUUCCUGACGAGUUGGAGCUUCGCCACACUUGCGACGAGUUGGAAAUUGGAUUGUUCACUGGAAUGAGGGCACGUUCCUACCGGGUGUCAAAAGCGCGUGUCAGGGAACCUCGUGUCAAAUCCUGCCCCUAAGAUCUGACACGAGGUGUAAAAAUUUUCGGGCAGGGUGAAAAACUUUCUAACAGACCGUAAACGUAAAGCAUUUUUGGGCCCACGUACGUAAACGUAACUUUACUACGUAAACUACCGUAAACGUAAACCAACGUAAACGUAAGGUGCCAACUUAGCCCCCUCCUACCACCUCUCCCAAAUGUGGCUUCUAUUGCCCGUGCUUUUACGUGCUCCUCCUCCCCAUAUUUUCUUCCCCCCCGCCCCCUCCCUCCACAUCCCCCUCUCCUCUCCCUGUGCGCCAUGAUCAGAUCUUGUGUUGCAGACCACCUUGGAGGUGAUUACCGCAGCGACCCAGCUGUCACCUUCAUCUGCUCUUUCGCUCUCCGUCUCUUCCUGCUUCCUCCCCUUCUCUCCCUCUGUUUCGCACUCUCCCUCUGUUUCGCACUCUCCCUCUGUUUCGCACUCUCCCUCUGUUUCGCCGUCUCCCUCUGUUUCGCACUCUCCCUCUGUUUCGCACUCUCCCUCUGUUGCGCACACUCUCCCUGUCCCUGCCCGUCCUAUCAGAAGCUCUUCUUUGCGGUUUCUCUCCGCUCUCCGCUCCUUCUUCACCCCUCCCCCUUCCCCUGUUGCCUGGAUGCUUCAAAUGCUGCAUUCCGUAUUCCUCCCCCCCCCUUCCUUCCCCCUCCGAUUUGCAGCCUCUGGUUGUCACCUCUCAGAGCCAUGGAGGUUGCGCGGUGCCGCAGCUACGAGGAGAUGCAGUGGUAUGGGGCGGAUCUCGUGCUCAGGAGCGUGGCCUUCGACCCACCGGAGCACCGGUUCCUGGUGCUGCUGGCGAAGCUGCUGGCGGGGCGGGCGCUCACCGUGCUGGCGGUGGGCGGCUCCAUCUCUGCUGCGGGCCACCUGCCCGGGGGGGUGGCGCACGGCACCGGCACGUACGGCCAGGCGCUCAUGGACUGGCUGCAGCAGGUGUUCCCCACACCCCCCUCCGCGCCCCCCCACCGCCUGAUCCGCUCCUUCCUGCCGGGCGCGGGGUCGUCCAUUCUGCACUUCUGCGCGGGCGAGCUGGUGGAGGGUCUGUGGGCGGACGGCGCAGAGCAGCGGCGCGCGGCGGGGGAGGCGGACGUGGUGCUGCUGGAGUGCGCUGCCAACGACUGGUCGCUGCUGCAGCCCGGCAUGCAAGCUCCUGCUGAGGGCACGCAGUACGCGGCAGCCGAGGGUUUGCUGCGGCAGUUUCUUCUGCUGCCCUCGCACCCGCUGGUGCUCUUCCUCAACUUCGGCGUGCACCACCCGCGCGACCCACUGCUCUCCGCCUUCCACCACUCCGCUGAGUCCCUCCUCAACCACCUCUCAGCCUAUUACAGCGUGCCAGCUGUUAGCCCCUGGCGAGCCUAUUUCCCCGCCAUUGCAACGGCAGCUUCCCCAUCCUGUCCAGCCUCGGCCGAAGCUUCAUCUGGGCCUGCGGGCAAGCCCUUGCUCACCCUGCCGUCAUCCGUGCGAGCAGAGAACCUGUCGUGGGCGCACCUGUUUGUGGACCGCGUGCAUCCGUCCGUGGCGGGGCACGGCAUGGCGGGCAGCCUUGUGGCGCACCGCCUCUUCGCGCUCGCCCUGCACCACCUGCGCCGCGAGGGGCUUUCCCUCUCCCGCCACCACCUGCGCCUCGACUGGGUGGACGGCCGCGCGGCGCCCUCCACCCAGUCCGCCCUGCUGUGCCCGCCGCACUCCCUCUGCCACAAGUGCUUUGGCGACUUGGGCUUCUCCGCGCUCGGCCUGCCCCUCUCAGCGCCCUGCAUGCUGCCCCCCUUGCAGAGUGCUGCUGACCCGCAUCCGCGCUGCGUGCUGGGGACGAGCUGGAACGUGACUGCUGUGGGAGGGGUGGAGUUUCCCGAGGGCUAUGUGGCAGUUAGAGAGGCGGCCUCUAAAGGGGAUGCUGUCAGUGCAAAGAGGAUUGAAGAGGCCAGUGUGUCCUGGGUUAUGGAGGCAUGCGGACCGCUGGUGCCUCAGAUAUUCUGCUGGAAGGCUCAGGCUGCUCGUGCCCCUCUACGUGUGGCAGUGGAUGUGAGAGGGGCUGCACGAGGGGUGGGGAUCGUGUACAAGAUGAUGGACUGGCAGAAGGAGGAGCACAAGCUGGACGGGGCAGAUGUGCAGGUGAAUGGGAGGGAUGUAGGGUUCUUGCAAGUGCCCGUUGUCGGAAAUACUCUUACACACUGGAGGCUCAAUAGCAGUCUGAUUCCUCUAGGGGUCGAAGAAGUGCACGAGGGGCAUGUUCUGUUGACAAUUGUGCCCCGUACAAAAUGGUUCCACAUCGUGGCAUUUGUCGUCGAAUAGUCGAUGUUUGUGCUAGUGCUUGCCAUUGUCAAGAGACACGCUGGGGUUGCCCUUGAGAUCUUCGGGGAAGGGCCACAAUUGCAGAGCCUGGGGGGUUAUGGGCGCACUUGUUAGAGUAGCGGAAAAAAGUGUGACUACGGGAAAAUGUCGAGGGACACAAAACUAGGGCUGUACUCGCCAGAGUCUCAAAUAUCAGACGAAA